UUUUAGAAAAAUUGUGUACUAAUACUCGUUGCUGAGAGCAUAGAUUGUGUAAAUAUAAAUAUUGGCUUGAUUAAAUGUUAGCGAAUUUUCUGAUUGCUUGGUAACUAAUUAUCGUUGUCGUUUAAUAAAAUUUUUAAUUUUAUAUUAUCCUUUUGUUUUUAUAUAUAAUUAAUAUUUCUGACUCAUUUUGAGGCGGCUUAUUUAAUACACCUACUAUUUGAAAGAUACUUAAUGUAAUGUGAUACUUAAUGUAAUGUGAUACUAAAUGUUUUAAAUUUAUCAAUAUAUGACACAUGACCUACUUCCAAAAGACAACAGAUUUCAAUUUCAUGUCAGAAGAUUAUAAUCUUGAGUUAAGGGUACAUAUCACAAAAUGAAUGCCUUUGUCUAGUCAUACAAUAAGUAUCAAAGUGUGUCAUCGCUGUAUCAUCUACGCGCGAGGCUGCGAAUGAAACGGUAUUUAACAGUCGAUUGUUUUUUUUUUUUUUCGUAUGCAGAUCGAGAAUUUAAAAUUGGGUUUCGGACUGUGUCCCGGAAUCGGAGGGUCAUUAGGCUGACGUACCGGAAACGGUUCUCGUUUGUGGCCGUGCGAGGCGCGCGCCAGCACGAAGAAUUUGGUCGUCGGAACGGAAACGUCGAGGCCGAUAACGCGUGGGCUAUCAUCGAGGAGGAGUACGUUCCUCCGUGCUCCGCACAGUGGUGCCUCGCCAAGAAGAAGGGCAUCGCAUACGAAGAGAAGGGGAGAGCCGCGAGGUGGUACGGGCACCUUUCUCGCACGCGGCGCUCGCCGUGGAAUGGCAAAAAAGAGAGGAGACCCUGUGACGUCACGCGACUUGUGCGGCGGUGCCGCUAGCCUCUCACUUGGUCGCCGACGUUCGACCCGCUCGGUUCAUCGUGCUUUGUCGGCUCCGUACGUCUUCGGCCUCCUUCGAUCAAAUACGAUCGCGCUAUCUUUCGCAUGAUUAUGUUUUCAUAAGGAAAACUAAACAGAGCGGUCUUGACCUUCGACACGACGCGGCGACCGAUGUUUCGGCGGUCAUUCGUACGCGAGCGCGCACGGGAGUGACGUCAACGGGAAAACGCGACGACGAUUGUGCGAUUACUCGGUGACACGGAUCGCGAGUUCUGCUCCGCGUCCGCGUUUGGUGGUGAAGAGUUUUGUAAUUUUUUUUCGUUUCUUGGUUGUGCCAUGACAUGACGCUCUCUCUGGAUAUGAUACCGGAUGGAUUAAAUCGCCGUUAGGGAUUCGUCACGAUCUGAGGAUGCGAGAUUGGAACAGAGGGGCGCGGACUGCUGGUGCUGCGGAGACACUGAGGUCUGCGACCAUCGCGGGAAAUGACCAUGACGAGCGUGGCUGUCGCCCCGGGUAGCCUCGGCACACCUCCAGCUAUGCUCACCCCCAAGAUGUAUCAUCUAAGCCCGACAUCCGGCUCGCCCACCUCCGGCAAAAGCUAUGAUACCCUGAGCAAGGGCAAGAAAUCAUGGAGCGUGCGGCUGGGUCUGUCGCGGCAGCAUCAGAACCACGGGGAUGACCCCGGUAAGGGUGGCUGGGGCACCAUAAGCGGCGGCAGCGUGCUCUCUCGCCAGAUGAUCUACAGCGGCGAUCCGUGGCUGUACGGCACGGUCCGAUCGUCGCGGUCUGCCGGACACGACCCACCGCGACCUUUCCUGACACCGCCGCCGCCGCCGCCGCCGCCGGGAGCGGCGCCGUUGCUCGUGGUAUGUUCCUGUCCGGAGUUCCUCGCCGGCACCGUCAGAAAGCUCGGCAGCUGCCGCAAGUGUGGCGGCCACCGGGUGGCCGGUCUGCCCCUCGGAGGAACCUGCCGGCUGCCGCCGUCCUCGAGAUCCCGACCGAGCCUCGCCGGCGUGCUGAGGACCGCUAUCGAUGAUCCGUACGACCAGAUGCGACGGAACCGGCUGGUGGAGCCGAGAUCGCGGGCGCGCAGCAUCUCGCCGCAUCGGCCGUCCUCGCAGCGAGACUCCAGGAGUCAGAGCAUGGUUUCGCGGGCGGCCACGAAGGAGCGGAAGGGCUCGUCGGCCGAGGGAACGUCAUUAUCGUCGUCGAGAUCCGAGUGGUUCGACAAGGAGCCGAGCGCGGCUAUGAGCUACGACGAUCGCAAAUCGCGACCCGGUUUCACCGGCGGCGCGUCCUCGGAUGAUUGGAUGCUGGACGAGACUCCGGAGAGUCAUUCGCGAACUCAUUCCGCCGCGACGGCAUCCACGAGGCUGACCCGCAUUUCGAAGAAGCCGCCGCUGAGGGAGGCGAAUCAGAAGAGAACCGGCCAGGACGAUUGGAAGAACGGGACAGCGAUCGCCACGGAUUCGCGGAAGAGUAUCCUCGAGUGCGACGUGAAUCCGUAUCUGUUGCUGAAGAAGCAGAAGGACGAGGACGAUCUGAGCGACGAUCUGUCGGACAACGCGCUGGAGCAGGACGAUCUUAGAACACGAUCCACGUCCAGUUCGUUCGAUCCGUCGAAAGUGAAAUCGAUCGAGAGGAUACCGAACAGGAGUGCCGUGGCGGCGAUCGGCGGUCAACGUAUCAGAGUGUUCAACGAGAGGCCUAGAGAGAUAUCGGACGACGACGACGACGACGACGACGAUGACGUGCCACUGCCGGUCACAAGAAUCCCGAUACCGAAGGUAUCGCCAAAAAGACCACCGAGACGAUUGAAGGAGGCCCGGCAGACGUUGAAGAGCAUCCUGAAGCGCGGCCGAGUGAUCGAGAGCAAGAGGAAGAACGUGCUCUUCAACGUCGACAACGUGAUAUUCGCGCCGGAGAAGCCGUCCGAGGCGACGCGACUCUCGUGGAGCAGAGUCGGCAGAGUCGCCAAUUGCGGCAAGGAGCAGCGGGACAACAUCCCCGAACCCGAGGAAGAGGCACCGAUCGUGCCGCAGGAGCAGCAGGAAAAACACAACUUCAUCACGAUCCCGAACAUCAGGGACCCGAAGGUGGACAGGGUCAAGUACAAGGAGCCGAGAAUCGUGCCGGAAGUGAAGAAGACCGCGCCGCCCGGUCCCGACAGGAUCAAGAUAGACAAGUUCGUUCCGUCCAGGAAGUUCGAUCGUUCCGCCGCGUCCAAGAAGCGAGACAAGAUCGGUAACGAGCCACGAUCCUCACUCGACAGCUCGCUAUCCUCCCCGAGGAUCGGAAUUCCCAGAGAAGAGGAGAGGAUAUUACAGGAGGAGAGGAGAUUGUCGGAUGAGAGAAUCGUCAGGCCUGAGGAUGAGACCGAGCUGGAGAUCGAGAUCGAGGAACUGAAGGAUCGUCUGCCGUGUAUCGCCGUGGACGAGAAGGAUCUGAUUCUGAAGUCCGAAGAGAACUCGAGAAAAUCCUUCUUGAUGCGAAGUCAAAGCGAUCGGUCAUUCAACAAGCCGGAGAUCUCGGCGGGUAACGUCCUGUUCUCGGACACAAUGCGACUCAGUCUUAGUAAGAAGAUCAAGGAGUCAUCGCCGUCCGUCGGUACGCCCACGUGCGUAAUUUCGCGCGAAGAAGCCGGUGAGAAAAAUUCGUCGGGAAGAAAUGCCGAGAUGAAGGAGAUCGAGGAAGAAAGGGGCGUCUCGGGCGAGCUUGAGGAGUCCGAUCGCGAGGUCGAGGCUAGCAAGAACGUUGAAGAGGCUCUCGAGAAGGCUGCCGAUAACGCUGAGAAAGAGGCCGAACCAUCGCCAGACGCGCGCAGUGAUAUUUCCGACGCGAGCAACGAACAUUUUUGUACGAUGAGACCAACGAGCUGGUCCCCGCCGCCCGGUAGGCAAAGGCAUCGCUUCAAGAUCGGCGACUCCGGCACGGAUCUCGACGAGAGUCCCGCCAAUUCGAUCAAGGACCAUCGGCGUACGAUCUCCUCGGCGUCGACGGCCUCGUGGAACUCGACGAGCUCCUACGGAUCCUCCAAGAUCGAGAUCAACUCGCCCGAGAGCAACGUCUGCAAGAUCACGGUGAGUCCGCGCUCGUCGCCGCUGGUACAUCGGCUACAGAUCGGCCCGGACUCCGGCCCGAAAGGCGCCGGAAGAACGUCCAUCCUGAUCAACGGCGAUCAAAGUACAAACGUGGAGCCGACUCCGGGUAACAAGGUGACUAUCAGCGUCGGCGGAGAAGAUAGCAUGUGCAAUCCGACGGUGAUCUCCGUGAACUCGGAGAAUCCGCCGAAGGUCCAGAACCCCGUGGAGAAUCGUACUCUGGUGAUACUUCAAAAUUACAAAUCGAACAUCGUAGUCGAAUCGGCGAGCGACGAUUCGCGCUCCAAGCAGAUAAUCGGGAAGGAUAAUCACGUCGCCGAGAAUGGCGAGAUGAAUCUGAAGAUGAACGGCGAAGCGCCAACAUCGCCCGGCGAAGAGACUUCCUCGUCAUGUCAACACGUAGAACAACCGGCAAUGAACCUUGAGAAACAGAAGGGGCUGAGCGUGGAGAUUAAACCUUCUAAUUGUAAUCAGUCUUCGAAGUUUUACGCAUCGGAUGAAAAAACGACGCGGUCGGAGUCCAAGACACGGUUGAAGGAUGUCGAAGGUUCUUCCUCCAAACUGUCCGGCUUGUCCAAAGAAGCUCUGAUCUCAAAGCUGCUUGAAGAUUCCUUACGAAAGGCUCGCGAGAACGGUGAAAUCCUGGACGAAGACAGCGGUCAGGCCAUCCUGAAGAUCCUAAAGCAGAGCCUGUUGAAAAGCAAAGAAUACGAAAGUUCCGAGUCUACUCUGGAGGCAAAUUACUCGCGUUCGUCUAGCUUGAACUCGGAUGGCGAUUUUAUUUCGACGAAUCUCUUUCUCGAGGAGAAUCCUUAUGAAGUGAUCAAGGAACCGAUCUACGAGGAGAUACCCGACGAGCCGCCGCCAUUACCUCUCAGUCCGCCACCCACGGAGGAUUACAUCAAGGACAGAAUCUACUUCGGCGACGUCGAAUAUUACAAGAAGGUCACGCCGGGCCAGUUUCUCGGUCCCUAUUUGUCCGAGGAAGUCUUCAAGAAGUCCAAUUCGGAGGAUCUGGCCGAGACCUACUUGUCCAAGAGCCCCGAGGACUUCUUCAAGAAAAUGUCAACGUCGCCCGAGGACGAAAAUAACAUCUCCACCAAGUUCGAGUUGUUGAGUUUUUUAAUGGAUUCCAAAGAUCGCGCGCGUCCCGCCGAGGAGGACGAGGACGAGGACGAGGAUGAGGAGGAUGACGCCGAGGGGGACUUGGAGGCUCUGUACGAGCAGAAGGAAACCAGCCUGGGUGAUCUCAGCUCCAAGAGUUCGCAGAUCUCCAACGUGUCCGACAGCAGCGAGGAAUGCAACAUCAUCUUGACCAGCUCACCGGAGGCAUUGAAGUCGAGAACGGUCGACAUAGAGAGGACCGACAGCGGGGUCGGGUCUGAAAGCAGUCAAGCCAGUAGCACUCGCUGUGUCGCGAGACGCUGGAGGACAGGCAACAUCUCCUCCGGCCCGGGGAGUCUCCUCGGUGGAAUACCGCAAGUGAUUUCCGGGGCGACGAAGCUGUGCGAGGAUUGCGAGCAGCGGUUGGAUCCUCUGAUAACAGACAGCGGUGUGGUUUACGCGCCUUUCGUGUGCAGGAAGUGUUCGAAGAAGCGCGCAGAACGGAAAGAGAUCAUCACGGAGAUUGUGGAAACCGAGCAAAAAUACGGCAGAGAUCUACAGAUCAUACUCGAGGAGUUCCAUCGACCGAUGCUGAGAGCGGGCCUUCUGACGUCGGAACAGCUGUCGGCGAUUUUCCUGAACGUCGAGGAGUUGCUCGAGCACAAUCUCGUUCUAGCCGAGAAACUGAAGGACAACGUAGAAUUCGCCCAGGAAUCCGGGGACGAGGAUCUCUUGACGGUAGAUGUGGGCAAGAUUUUCCUCGAAUCAGAAAGGAUGCUCCAUGCCUUCGAGAGCUAUUGCACGCGUCAAGGUGGUGCCAGUUUACUAUUGCAAAAUUUGGAGAAAGAAAAGGAGCUUCUUCGUAUCUUUCUUCGAGUUUCUCAAAUGGAGAACACAGUCUUGCGAAGGAUGAAUCUGAAUUCCUUUUUAAUGGUUCCUGUCCAAAGAGUUACGAAAUAUCCUUUGCUUCUGGCACGUUUGCUCAAAGCGACACCCUCUGUUCGGCCUGAUGUUCAAGAAGCGAAAAAGAGACUGAAACAGGCUCAAACAAACAUCGAGUUACAUUUGGAACACAUGAAUGCUGAGGCGAAGGAUGUUACAUCGACGAAAUUGUGGAGGAGAAUAUCGAUUAUUCAAAAUGGCAGACGGUCCAUUGGCGAGCAGGAUAUGGUGAAUAUCAAGCUCAGAAAGAUGGCCGUCGAAAUCUUGGAAUGGGCACAUGAAGAAGCUAGAUUUGUCCUCGAAGGACGUCUUCUGGUAGCGCAGCCAACUGAUAAUAAUUGGAGACGCGGUCGAACUGUCAAACUCUCACCUAUCACUGCCAUGCUUGUCACAAACGGCAAGCCAAAUGCUGAGUAUCCUGAAUUUAAUGACGACUCGCUCUUUCCAAAGCAUAUAGGCAUCAAGGAAGCUACCCUACUUUUGGUCAAAGAGAAACUUGGCCGGUAUUCUUUACUACGAGAGCCACUAUACCUCGAUAAAUGCAUAGUAUGUUGCGAAACGGAUCUCGAAGAUUAUUUCGAAAUACAAGAAUUAUCUUCUAAAGAAACGUUUAUAUUUAAGGCAGAGGAUGGCGCGAGAACGAAAAGGUGGUGCAGAACGUUGCAGGCUCACGCACAGUCCCUUGGUGCUUGGCGUAAACGUCGAGGGGCCUUACCUAACAUCAUGAUCUGCGGUGUAGCGAGAAACUAAUAAAAGCUUAGACGUAAUAGGCACAUGCGUAACGCGACGUUAUCGCAUUUAUCGUAUUUAAUAUAUUCUCAAACUACACUGAAGAUUCUUAAUUAGCGCGAAAGUCUAAGCGAUUACGCAUGUAAAUUCAUGUACAUGAUCUCCAAAUGAAUUAGUAAUGAUUUAUUGCGGAGAGAGAACGCUGGACCAAAGGAUUUCCUCAGCUUGUUAACACGUUGGUUGUCGGCGAGCGAUAUGAAAAUCUAGUUCUUACCGAAUUUGAGGUAUAACCACCUGUGUUCGGUUGUUACAGUACGUUGCAGAGACUUUAGUUUCCUACGUCACUGUAAAAUAAAAUGCUACGUGGCGUCAAAGAGUCGCGCAUAAUUCCAUCGAUUCCUAAUGACUAAUUUUAAGUAUGCAUAUAUAAUAUAUGUUUGCAUAUACAUAUACAUAGGACUAUUUAAUAUUAAUAAUUUUAAACCCUUCAAAAAAAGAUGACGAGUAGCUGUGAUAUUGACCGGUGUAUUGGGUAUCGUUUUCUUUUCGCAGAUUGUUUACGAAUGUUAAAAUAUUUUGUCUUAUUUUCCAUCUGCGAUUCUUCUUACCAGUAUCGCUUCGUGCGAAAAUAAUAUUAAUAAGGUAGAUUUUAUCCAAGGUCAUAGGGUUUUUACAGAUUAAUAAUAUCGAAGAAUUCGCGUGAAUUAGCAGCGUCAAGGAUACAGGGUGUUGUAUACGUCCCGUAUAAACAUCGAGAAUUAUAAAAUUAAGAAUAUACUUAUUUCUCAUUCCUUCAAUUAUUUUCUUUCUCCAGAUAAUUAACAGUAUUCUUAUUACAUCUAACACAAGCAAAACACAAAUUGUACAUUGUACUAUAUUUUUAUUUAAGAAUUAAGCCAUACUGUGUAUGUAUAUAAAUGUAUAUUUACAAACCUCCUCAGACAGUUCUAACUGAAAUUCAUUGUAACGAAUUAAUUUGCUGCAUUACAAUCUGCGAUUUAAUAAAAGUGAAAUUUGACUUAUG